ACAAAACCUUCGAAAACCAAAUUUUUCAAAUCAAAAUCAACAUUUCCACACACACUCUAAAGCCCUAAACCUCUUCAUUCAAACCCUGCAACUCAAUCGCUCAACUUCAUUUUCACCAUUGUUACACAAUGUUCUCUCCAGGCACCAAGAAAUCCGUCGCUAGAAGGACAGCUCCUACACAUCCGCCUCCCGCCGACGGUUCUCCGGCGACUCCUCUCACCGGAAACCGUAAGCCGGUGACGGAUAAUAAUAUUAUUCCGGAACGUCCAGAUACCGGCACCCCUGCCCCCUGGGCACCUCGCUUGUCUGUUCGCGCUAGAAUCCCAACUGUGAAGAAAAGUGACAAAGCGGAUGACGUAGACCCCAUUCAACCUGUAUACGUUGGAGAAGUUCCACAAGUAGUUCGUGAUGAGCAAGCUAACAUGUUGCAGAAACAUCUUUCUGGUGAUACAAGCAUAUCCGGUGGAAUGGACAAAGGAACCUCACUAGCAUGGAUCAUAUGCGGAAGCAAACUUUUCGUCUGGAGCUACCUAUCACCAGCAGCUUCUAGAAAAUGUACGGUUCUUAAACUUCCGUCCAUCAUACUCGAAGAUGCAGAUAUUAACAAGACUUCGGGUAAUGCAUGGUUGCUUUGUGUUCUUGAUUGGGACCACAAUACGUUGGGUACAAACAAGAUUCUUCAACAAAGAACUUGUGUCGGUGUUCUCUUAUGCAAUAAGAAAACCCGAGCAUUUGUAUAUUGGCCCGAUAUAUAUUCUUCCUUACCUUCAUUCACUUACAUUGAUCAAUCAGAUUCUAUAACCACCACCUUAAACAAGCAGCAACGGGUAUCUUAUAGCUCGUUGAUUGCUUCCGCUAUUCCUGAUAAGAAGUAUUUCUGCAUUGCUCUUGCGUGUAGCUCUAACGGUCAACUUUGUAAAUACGUUUGCUCACCUACUGGCAUUCAGUGUCAAGAGACUGUAACUGUAUCCUCUCAAGGAAGUCAACUCUCUAGUCCUAAGGGGUACUUGCGGUCAAUGGUUUGGCAUGCACCGUAUAAUUCUGUGAAAGAGUCGAAAAGGAGGUUUCUGUUGUUGACUGAUCAUGAAAUACAGUGUUUCUCCGUCGAUCUUUCUACCGAUUCUAGCCUAUCGAAGAUUUGGUCGCAUGAAAUAGUCGGAAAUGACGGUGAUGUUGGUAUACAAAAAGGUCUAGCCGGACAAAAGAAAAUUUGGCCACUUGAUAUGCAAAUGGAUAGUAACCGGAAAGUAAUGACGGUUCUUGUUGCCACUUUUUGCAAGGAUCGGGCCACUAGUUCAAGCUACAUAGAAUACUCUCUUUUAACUAUGCAAUACAAAGCUGGGAUCGAUGUGUCAUCCGAAUCGAGUUUCCGUUCACACGAUAAAAUCUUGGAGAAAAGAUCUCCAAUUGAAGUAAUAAUUCCAAAAGCUAGAGUCGAAGAUGAAGACUUUUUGUUUUCAAUGAGGUUAAAAGUUGGUGGAAAACCUUCUGGAUCGUCAAUUGUACUGUCUGGUGAUGGAACUGCGACAGUUGUACGUUACUGGAGAAACACUAGUCGGCUUUAUAAGUUUGACUUACCAUAUGACGCUGGGAAAGUUCUAGAUGCUUCCGUUUUCCCUUCUGACGAUGGAGAAGACGGUGCUUGGGCUGUUCUCACUGAGAAAGCUGGAGUGUGGGCCAUCCCUGAGAAGGCGGUUUUGCUUGGCGGAGUUGAGCCGCCAGAAAGAAGUUUGUCACGUAAAGGAAGCUCUAAAGAAGAAUCGACAAACGUUUUGUUUGCAGGAAACAUCGCUCCAAGACGGGCUAGCUCAGAGGCAUGGGAUUCCGGAGAUCGACAACGUGCUGUUUUUACUGGAAUCGCACACAGGACCGCGCAAGAUGAAGAAUCUGAAGCUUUACUGACUCAGUUUUUUCAUGAGUUUCUUCAGUCUGGUGACGUUAAUGGUACACUGAAUAAACUUCAGAAUUCAGGGGCGUUUGAAAGGGACGGAGAGAUAAAUGUGUUUGCUAGGGUUAGCAAGUCGAUUGUUGACACGUUAGCUAAACAUUGGACAACUACUAGGGGUGCAGAGAUUUUGGCUCUAUCUGUUGUAUCUACACAGCUUUUGGAUAAGCAGCAGAAGCAUAAAAAGUUUUUACAGUUUCUUGCUCUGUCUAAAUGCCAUGAAGAAUUGUCUGCUCGACAGAGAAAAUCGUUGCAGAUCAUAAUGGAGCAUGGUGAAAAGCUUGCUGCUAUGAUUCAACUCCGAGAGCUUCAGAACCUGAUUAGGCAGCAGACGUCAGCUAACUCACAAAACAAUCUUUCCGGUUCUAUUUGGGACCUGAUUCAGCUAGUCGGCGAAAAAGCCCGUCAAAACACCGUUCUUUUAAUGGACAGAGAUAAUGCAGAAGUGUUCUACAGUAAAGUAUCCGAACUUGAAGAAGUAUUUCAUUGCUUGGAGAGAAAGUUAACUCUCAUAAUCAGUGAAGAGAUGCCGUUAAAAUUUCAACUUCAAAGAGCAUGUGAACUGUCCAGCAUGUGUGUAACGUUACUAAACACGUCAAUGAACUACAAGGAUGAGAAUCACAUGUGGUACCCCUCACCGGAAGGAUUAACGCCGUGGUAUUGUCAGACUGUGGUAAGGAGCGGGAUGUGGACUCUUGCGUCUUUCAUGCUUCAUUUGUUGACCGAAAUGGACCACCUUGAUACGUCUUCAAAACUUGAGUUUCAUUCUCGGUUCGAAGUUUUGGUUAAAGUAUUACUUGAAGCGUACUCUGGUGCUGUUAGAGCUAAAGUUGAACGUGAAGAAGAACACGGUGGUUUAUUAGAAGAAUAUUGGAAUAGAAGAGACACACUUCUUGAUUCACUUUAUCAGCAAGUGAAGAGUUUCAAUCAGGGUUCAAGUGAAGUGGUGGAAGAGCAAAACAAAGAAAUCGCUCUAAAACUUUCAUCUAAUUUGCUGGCUAUCGCAAAACGACAUGAAGGAUACCGAACGCUUUGGAAUUUGUGCUUUGACCACAAUGAUUUGGAACUACUCCGAAGUCUAAUGCAUGACAGCAUGGGUCCAAAAGGAGGUUUUAGCAACUUCGUGUUCAAACAAAUGUACAACAACAAACAAUUCUCUAAACUUAUGAGACUCGGUGAGGAGUUUCCAGAAGAGCUCGCAAUAUUUCUGAAGGAGCAUCCAGAUCUCCUCUGGCUUCAUGAGAUAUUCCUGCAUCAGUCUUCAUUGGCUUCCGACACUCUUCACGUUUUGGCACUUUCUGAUGGUGAUAGUUCAAUCUCUGAAGUUGUGGACCCCACAUCUUAUGAGGCCAAAACCGAACUGACAUUGGCUGACAGAAGGCGGCUUUUAAACCUCUCGAAGAUUGCUGCUGUGGCAGGAAAAAAUCCUGAUUCUGAUACCAAGUUGAAGCGCAUCGAAGCUGACUUAAGAAUUCUGAAGUUGCAGCAAGAAAUUUUGAAACUGGUUCCCGAAAACGAAGAAACACAAGAGCUAGCACAGAAGCUUCUUCCACCAGCCGAGCUGAUUCAACUAUGCCUCAAUAUUCAAAACAAGCAACUGGCAUUGUACGCAUUCGACGUGUUUGCAUGGACCAGUCUCUCCUUCCUGAGGUGCAACACAAGUCUUCUAGAAGAAUGCUGGAAGAACGCCGCCAAUCAAGACGACUGGGAAGCCAUAAACCAGACAACCGUGGCUAAGGGCUUGACCGAUGAGGAAAUCUUGGAGGUUCUUAAAGAAACUGCUCUUUUUCAAGCUUCACGCAGGUGUUACGGACCCGAAGCUGAAACUUAUGAAGGCGGGUUUGAACAGGUGCUUCCGUUAAGGCAGGAAAGUUCGGAGAUUUCGUCAGUAGAAGGUAUCUUGAUGCAGCAUAGAAGUUUUCCUGAUGCUGAUAAGUUGAUGGUGACUGCGAUCAUGUUUGGAAGUGUCGCAACUGAUGCCUCGUUGGAAGAUGGUCCUUCGCCUAUGGAGUGAAGGGAUGAGUAUUCUAGUUGCGUGUUAGUUUUUUGUGAUGAUGAUGACUUGCACCAUAUGAUUGAUUGGUCAGCUUUUGGUCCCUAAUAUUUUGAUGGGUUUUUGUCGAUUUAUAAGUUGUAUUGCAUUAAGAACAAGUUAUCGUUGCACAAAAAGGCUUGAUGUCAAAACCACUUAUGUAUGUAGGGUUUUAUGAUUAGUAGCCCCUUUUGAAAAUCAAAUACAUAUGGAUCGAGUUGAACUAGUUUUACACUGGUUGUGGUGUUUUAAAA